AUGAACUCAUCCACCAAAGUAAAGCGGAUAGAAGUAUCUGGUCAAAAGAGCAAUCAGCUUGUUCCAAAUGUGGACCAAGAAAAAGAGAAGAUCGUUGUGCCAAAGUUGUAUCCGAACUCCUACCUGUUUGCCAAGUGGGGGGAUAACCUGCCGCAAGAAGAACAGAAGGAAGCUGAAGCUCUGUUUCAGAUUUAUGGAUACAAUGUCUUCCUUAGUAACCAGUUGCCACUAGACAGGGAGCUUCCAGAUACAAGAGACAAAAGAUGUCUGACGAAGAAUUAUCCAAAGGACCUGCCAACCGUCAGCGUGGUGCUGAUCUACAUAAACGAGGCUCUUUCUGUCAUUAAAAGGGCAAUACGAAGCAUCAUCACCCACACGCCAAAGCACCUGCUGAGGGAAAUAAUUCUGGUGGAUGACUAUAGCACGUACAAUGACCUUGGAAAACCGUUAGACGACUACAUAGUUCAGAUUCACAAAGAAAGGCCUGGACUCGUAAAGAAAGUGCGGCAUAAUAAACAAAUGGGCUUGUCCCAGUCCCGGAACUCGGGUUGGGAGCGUGCCACAGCUGAUGUUGUGUUCAUUUUGGAUGCCCAUAUUGAAGCCACAGAGGGAUGGGCAGAACCUUUGCUGGCGAGGAUCAAGGCCGACAGGACGGUGGUGGUGUCUCCUGUGUUCGAUAAGGUCCAUUUUGAUGACUUACAUGUGGAAAGAUAUAAUCCAUCUUCUCACGGCUUUGACUGGGCUUUGUGGUGCAUGUAUGAGUCCUUCAGCCCAGCGUGGUUGAACAUGGCGGAUGAAUCGCAGCCUGGGAGGAGUCCCUCUGUCAUGGGAAUCUUUGCAGCAGACAGAGGCUUCCUUAAAGAAAUCGGAGGGCUUGAUGGUGGAAUGACAGUUUACGGGGGAGAAAAUGUUGAACUUGGGAUUCGUGUGUGGCUGUGUGGUGGAAGUGUAGAGGUUGUGCCUUGCUCUAGGAUAGCUCACAUUGAGAGGGCACAUAAACCGUACGCACUUGAUCUCAACCCUGCCAUGAAGAGAAAUGCCUUAAGGGUUGCAGAGAUCUGGUUGGAUGAUUACAAGAAGAAUGUCCUAAUUGCCUGGAACCUUCCUCUUGAGAAUCAUGGAAUCGAUACUGGCGACGUGUCGGAGAGGAAGAAGCUCAGAGAAAAGCUGAAAUGUAAACCCUUCAAGUGGUACAUGGCCAAUGUUUAUCCAAGUCUUGACACCUUGGAUAACCUCCUGGGGUAUGGUGCGCUGCAGAACAGCCUUCUUAAGAGCUAUUGUGUGGACCAGGGAGCCGUUCCAGGAAGCAUCCCCAUCCUGUAUGAAUGCCACUUCCAGCCGCCACAGUAUUGCUACUACAACACAGACGGUGAAAUCUUCAUCGGGGUGAUUAAAUCUCACAAAUAUAACAGUAACCGCUGCCUGGUUGACCCGGGCUCUGGUAACACUCCCACUCUGCAGGAGUGUCGGAUCGCAAAACUAAACAAGCUACACAUGCACUGGGACUUCAAACAAGGCCAAGCAAUCAGAAACAAAGCAACCAACAGAUGUCUUGAAGUCGCCCAGGGAGAAAACUCUUACUAUGAGCUCAUCAUUCAGCAGUGCAGUGGACAGAGCUGGACGAUAGAGCAUCUCAUUACAAGUUUUUAAGUUUAGUGCUUAAACUAAAUUCAGAAUGUAUUACGAGAGGAUAAUGACAAACGGGAUCUUAUUUA